AAGGAACAAAAAAAAAAAAAAAGGAAAAAGGAAGAAGGAGGAAGAAAAGGCGCUCAGUUUCCUAACAAAGGCAGGGGUGGUCUGGCAGUGGCCAUAAUUCAGCUGAGGCAGCAGUCCGUUUGCUCGGUUUCCAUUCAGUUGAGUUCAUUUUGAAAGCAAAAGCCGGCGAGCAACGACCCCAAAGCAGGCAGUAGGCGGGGCUGCAGCACGUGCUGCCUGCACGGCUGGCGGGGCUACUGUGGCACUGGCCAAUUAGUCGUCGGUAAUAAUUUUGGGUCCAUUGAACGUUAGCUGGCUGCCACACUGAUGACUGCCGCCAAGAGACGUGCAGCGACCGGCGGCAGCAGCACCAGCCACAGCACCAACAACGAGCAGCAGCCACUGCAGCAGCAUCCGCAUCAAGUGCAACACCAUCAUCAUCAUCAUCAGCAUCAGGAUGCGGAUCAGCAGGCGAAUGAGUAUCAACAGCUGCUGCAGCAUCAGCACCAUCCACAUGCGGCACAUCAUCACCCACAGCAAUACCAUCAGAGGCAACACCAGCAACAUGCGUCGCCACAUCGGCAACAACAGCAACACCAGCAUCAGCCAUCUGCAUCAACAGCAACGGCAACAUUGCGCGAUUGUUCUGUCAAAUUGCCGCUGGACAUCCUCUGGCUGCCCAAGUCAGCGAUGCGUCCAGUGGGCACAGAUGCUUCGCACACGGAUUGCAUUCUGGUUGUUGGCGUCUCCCGUCCAAAGCUGGCCGUUGUCUUUCUAACGGUUAUGCUGAUCUCACUGUUUCUCACGUUCCAUGUGCUGUACGACAGCGCGGUUUACAACAUACAAGCAGCACAGGCGGUGCACGAACGUCAUCGCCUUUCCUUGGCCGCAUCCGCCUCGGCCUCAUCAUCGUUCUCCUCAUCGUCAUCAUCAUCAUCAUCAUCAGCUGCUGCUGCUGCUGCUGCUUCUUCCUUUGCUGGUGGCACUUUAAAUGCCAAUCACUUGCCCGUUUUUGUUAAGCCGGUUGCUAGCUCGAAUCAGCUAAGUCAUCCCAUGGUCUUUCCCUCCAGCCGCGUCCAUUUCCCCAAGACGAGCAGACGCCUGCCCCAGGCCCUGAUAAUUGGCGUACGCAAGUGCGGCACUCGAGCUCUGCUGGAGAUGCUCUAUCUGCAUCCGCGCAUCCAAAAAGCUGGCGGUGAGGUGCACUUCUUUGACCGGGAUGAGAAUUACCUGAAGGGCCUCGACUGGUAUCGUAAGAAGAUGCCCCACUCGUUUCGGGGACAGAUUACCAUCGAGAAGAGUCCCAGUUACUUCGUCUCGCCCGAGGUGCCGGAACGUGUGCGUGCCAUGAAUGCCAGCAUUAAACUGCUGCUGAUUGUGCGUGAGCCCGUGACCAGAGCUAUUUCCGACUACACGCAGCUGCGUAGCCAUGCGGCAACAGCGAUACUGCCCCUGGCCGAGAGCAGUGCACCCGGUUCCGGAUAUGGAGCCAAAUUGCCAACGCCAAAGUCGUUGUACGCCAAGCUGCAUGCUGCACACGAGUAUGACAAUGCAUUGGGCAGCGGAGCGGGUGCCAAGGAGACAUUAACGGGCAGCCGAGCACUUGGAGCUGCUGCCAGACGUGCGGCAAUUGGCACAACCACGCCCACUCCAACGCCAAGUGCCGCCCAAUUGGCUGCCAAAUCCUUCGAGGAGCUCGCUAUCUUUCCCAAUGGCACCGUCAACGAGGCUUAUCGUCCACUCAGCAUAUCCAUGUAUCAUAUGCAUUUGCAUCGCUGGCUGGAGGUCUUUCCGCGCGAACAGCUGCUCGUUGUCAACGGGGAUCGACUCAUCGAGGAUCCGCUUUCACAGCUGAAACGCAUAGAGGCCUUUCUGGGCAUUGAGCAUCGUGUGCGCAGCGAGCAUUUCUACUUUAAUGAGACGAAAGGAUUCUAUUGCCUGCGCUAUGACAAUGGGGAUCGGUGUUUGCGGGAGACCAAAGGACGCAAGCAUCCACAUGUGGAUCCUGUUGUCGUGUCACGUCUACGCAAAUUCUUCGCCGAGUAUAAUCAACGUUUCUAUGAGCUGGUUGGCGAGGACCUCGGCUGGCCCGAGGAGUAAACGCAAUUGAGAAACAUGGACUGAUAUGAGAGGCUAAUAAGAAUAAAAGAAAAAAGAAAAACCAAAUCCAAAUCCAACUACAAUAACAUUUCUUCACUUGCACUGCGACGCAUUUCAUGAACGGCGAAAAAAAACAGUCGAUGCGAAAUUUUACACAGAACGCAGAAUACUCGGCUGCUGCAAUCGUAUCUGCUCCAAUGCAGAGCACCAUAUUUCUCUGGCUGUCUGCCAGCUGGCUGACAGUUCAAUUAUAUGAACUUUGGCUCCCGCAAAAAAUCCAUUUAACCCCAAACCUACAAAACGCUGAAUUACACUGCAGCGAACACGAAAAUGGAAGGCAAGAAAAAUGUGCAAAUAAAUACAAAAAAAAAAAAAAAAUACAAAAAACAAAAUAAAUAAAUAAAAUAAUAAACUGCGCGUAUUUUCCCUGAUGCAGCUGGCAAGUGAAAAAUGUAUUGAAGAAUAUCGAAUAUUCGAUGAAAAUAUAAAAUAAAUAAUUUGAAAAAUAAGAACACAAAAAUGAAAAGCAAUAUCUACGUGAUGUGCGAAAGUUGCGUUGCAUUGUCAGUAUGUGUGUGUGUGUGAAGGUGUGCGAGUGUGUGAGAGAGCCUAAAAUUUAAUUAAGCAACUAAAUGUGAUUUUAUAGCAAAUAAGCGAGAAACAAAUUGAAAUGAAAUGCGUUUUGCAGGACGGCUGCAGCCAAUUAUAAUUUUUGGGGAAUUGGGCAAACCGAAAAAAAAAAAAUAUCGAGGAAAAACAAACCGUCGGCUGAAUUAAAAGUGUGCAUAAAACAACAACAACUAAUCGUACUUACAUAUACAUAUACAUAUAGAAAUAUAAAUAGAAAUAAAUAUAUCUAGUAUCUAUCAAAAUCGCAUACAUAUCGGAGCUACUCAAGCUAAGUAUUUAAGAAAAAGCAACAAGAAAAAAAAAACAACUAUUCAAGUUUUAGCGCCCGACCGAUGCUAAACGUAACAUAUCAAAAAAUUGUAAUGAAUAAAUCAACCAACCAUGAACUCAAAACAUAUCAGCAAAAUGCUUAAAUAUACUAUAUGCAUA